AUGGCGGCUUCCAGCAGCUUCAGGGCCUGGCAUUGCUUGCUUGCCGUCUCCCUCCUCUCCUCAGCGGUGUACGGGCAGCUGUCGCCGACAUUCUAUGCAUCGAGCUGCCCGACGCUGGAGCUCGUCGUGCGCGCCACCAUGACCACGGCCAUCAUCGCCGAGGAACGGAUGGGCGCCUCCCUCCUCAGGCUCUUCUUCCACGACUGCUUCGUUCAGGGUUGCGAUGCUUCGAUUCUUCUGGAUGACACUGGGAGGUUUACCGGCGAGAAGGGCGCCAGCCCGAACGUCAACUCCGUCCGCGGAUACGAGGUCAUCGACCAGAUCAAGGCCAACGUCGAGGCCGUCUGCCCCGGCGUCGUCUCCUGCGCCGACAUCGUCGCUCUCGCCGCGCGCGACGGCGCCGUGCUGCUCGGCGGACCAACCUGGGCGGUGCCGCUCGGCCGGCGGGACUCGACGACGGCGAGCCUGGACCACGCGAACAGCGACCUCCCGGCGCCGACGUCCAGCCUGGCCGCGCUCAUCACGUCGUUCGGCAACAAGGGCCUGAGCGCGCGCGACCUGACGGCGCUCUCCGGCGCGCACACCGUCGGCUUCUCGCAGUGCCUCAACUUCCGGGACCACAUCUACGACGACGCCAACGUCGACGCGACGUUCGCGAUCGCGCGCCGGGACAUCUGCCCCGCCGCGAAGGGCUCCGGCGACGGCAACCUGGCGCCGCUCGACGCGCAGACGCGGCUGAUCUUCGACAACGCCUACUACCGCAACCUCGUGGCCCAGCGCGGCCUGCUGCACUCGGACCAGGAGCUCUUCAACGGCGGGUCGCAGGACGCGCUGGUGUUGCAGUACAGCUCCAACCCGGCCCUCUUCGCCGCCGACUUCAUCACCGCCAUGAUCAAGAUGGGGAACAUCGGCACGCUCACCGGAAGUGCCGGCGAGAUCAGGGCCAACUGCAGGGUGGUCAACAGCUGA